CAUUGUUUAUUCAAGAUGGCGACCGAAGCACUGAAAGUUGACACUCAGGAUUCAAUUGAAGCUUUACAGCGUGAAGCAGAAGAACUAAAAAAACGUUUAGAGGAAGAAAAGGCAAAACUGAAAGAUGUUGAAAUGUUUAAAGCUGCAUGUAAGGUGGAUCCGAUUACUAACUUCAGUAUGAAACAGAGGCGCCAUCUGAAGGGUCAUCAGGGGAAAGUACUCUGUAUGGACUGGUCAACAGAUAAAAGACAUAUUGUGAGCUCUUCUCAGGAUGGCAAAAUGCUUGUAUGGGAUGCUUUUACCACCAAUAAGGAACAUGCGGUCACCAUGCCAACAACUUGGGUAAUGGCAUGUGCUUAUGGUCCAUCUGGAAACUGUGUUGCCUGUGGAGGUCUGGACAACAAGUGUACAAUUUACCCUCUGAGUUUUGAAGAGACAGACAUUUCCAGUAAGAAGAAAGCAGUGGCCACACAUACAAGCUACCUGUCCUGUUGCUCAUUUACAAGUUCUGAUAAUCAGAUAUUGACAGGAAGUGGUGACAGUACUUGUGCAUUAUGGGAUGUUGAAAGUGGUCAGCUGAUACAGAGUUUCCAUGGACAUGCUGGCGAUGUCAUGAGCAUUGAUCUUUCCCCCUCCGAAACUGGAAAUCUGUUUGUUUCAGGGGGAUGUGAUAAGACUGCAAUGGUGUGGGAUAUGAGAUUUGGCGAGUGUGUUCAGGUGUUUGAGGGACAUGAGUCAGACAUCAACAAUGUUCGCUUCUAUCCUAGUGGAGAUGCUUUUGCUACAGGCUCUGAUGAUGCAACUUGUCGUUUAUUUGACCUAAGAGCAGACAGAGAGGCAAACUGUUACAAGAAGGAAAGCAUAAUAUUUGGAUGUAACUCAGUUGACUUCUCAAUAAGUGGUCGUCUUUUAUUUGGUGGGUACAAUGAUCAUACUGUGAAUGUAUGGGACGUGUUGAAAGGGAACCGUGUUACCAAACUCUAUGCUCAUGAGAAUCGUGUUAGUUGUUUGGGUGUAUCACCUGAUGGCACAGCCCUGUGUACUGGCAGCUGGGAUAACACUCUGAAGGUAUGGGCUUGAGAUGUUGAGUGCACAUUGACUAGACAAGAAUGGCAGUUAUAUGCAGAUCCUGCAGGAAAGAAAGCAAAUCAAUGAAACAGACAUGUUGAUUCUAGCUGCAUUUUGAAUGAAGAAACACUUUACUUAUAAAACAUUUAAACAUUUUUCCCCCCUUCCCAUGUUACACCCAAAAUUAUUUUUAUCUUGCUUCUUUUUAAAUUUCUUGUGUUUGUUUCUCCAUAUUUUCUUAGACCACACACCCCAUUCGUAAGAAAGACAGAAUCAAUGAAUUUUUCUGUCCAUCAUUUUCUGUCCAUUUUCACUUCCCUGUGAGGAAGCAUUUUCAAAUAGACUAGCUCACUGUCCAUCAAACAGCUCUUGUUUGUUCUAAAUGCAAGUCCGAAUUAAUUGAUAUUUUUUCGUUAUUGUUGAUAAGUUGUGCGUAUCUCAGAAAGUUAUACUAGACAUAUUAUUUCAAAUGGUUAUUCAGGUGGAAUAAUGGACCAAAAAUGAAAAUCCUUUAAUUAUCAUAGUGGAUAUAUUUCUCACUUUUUAUUGUGCCCCCACCACUCAGCGGAGGGGGGCAUUAUAGAUUUGGUCUUGUCCGUGACUCCUUCUGUGCCUCUGUCCGUCCAAAAAAUGUUUGUGACAUGCCUAGCUCAAAAAGUAUUUGAUAUAAAUUUAUGAAACCUUGCAUGAGUCCUUAUCAUGAUAUGAACUUGCACACUGGCUCUGCCCAUUUCCAGAGUUAUGCCCCCUGAUAUAGUCAAAAAUGCACAUUUUUACCAUGUGAUGUGCCUAUAUAAAUUGAUGAAACCUUGCAUGAGUCUUAAUCAUGAUAUGAACUUGUGCACCUUCUAUUUUUCGUCUGGCUCCAGCCCCUAUUUCCAGAUAUAUACCCCCUGAAAUAGUCAAAAUGCACUUUUUCACCUUGUGAUGCGCUUAGCUAAAAAAGUUUUUCAUAUAACUUGAUGAACUUGCACGAAUCUUAAUCAUGAUAUAAACAUGUGCACUUUCUAUUUUUCAUCUGGCUCCGCCCCCUAUUUCAAGAUUUAUGCCCCAGAAAUAGUAAAAAAAUGCACAGUUUCACCUUGUGAUGCGCCUAGCUUAAAAAGUAUUUCAUAUAUAUUGAUGAAACCUUGCAUGAGUCUUUAUCAUAAUGUGACCUGGCAUUCUUCUUGAGAUUUUAGCGCUAAUUACAGGGUUGGGGCCCUUGAAAUAGCCAAAAACAGUGGAUUUUUUGUUUGUGAUGCUUGUAGCUCAAAAUGUUUAUGGCCUAGAAUAAUGAAUCCUUUACGUAAAAUGUUUGUUGAGGCUAUACCCCCUUGAGACUGCAAACAUUUGAAUUAUUGCCCCUUGUUUGUGACAAAUGUACCAGUGGGGGCACACCCUGUGUCCUACAGACACAUUCUAGUUGAUAAUUCAGUGUGGUUAUCUGACUUUAAGAAAGUAAUCAACUUGUUUGAAACUUUAAACAAGUGACCAUUUGCACAUGCUUGUGUUCACUGAGUGCUUGAUACUUGUAAGAUUUUCUUUGUAUUUUUGGGGGAAUUAGAUUUAUAUUUUCCUAAAUGCUAAUUUGUACAAUUAUUUUUACCUCCCUUUUCCUAUAUUGAUACAAAGAAAAUAAAUGAAUUCAGGAGAUAUGUUAUGUCAUAACAAUGUGUUUGCAGUAAUUUAAUGUAACUUCAAAUCUUGUGUAACAUUGUUUGAGUCUGUUUUUGACAAAAACUUGUGAUUGAUUUAUAAGCAGACAUUUCUUGUAUAAUUUGUUUUAUUUUUUCUGCUUUUAAAAAUGCUGUGCCAAAUUUAUUCCUUUAUGUUUACCAUUUCAACUUAAUUGUAUAAUAGCAAAAGAAGUUCCAAAUGGUUAGAUGCAAUAAAUAUGUCGAAAAAAAUCUGUUUUUCAUGGUAAAAAUUUAUUCUGUUAUGUUAAAAGAAUCUAGUUGAUAAAUAGUGCAAUAUUAUACACUUAUUAAAUGGCAGUGUUGGUGUUAUUGACUUGACCCAGCCAGUAAUUGCAUGAAGGUUAGCCAGAGCGCUAAUAUACGGUAAGGAGAACAGGUGACUAGUGGAGGCAUAGGUUUUUGCUAUGUUUGAUUUUAUUACUAUUUAUAGUAAGGUAUAUUUUUUCAUAUGAAAUCCAAAAGGAGUGAUGGUCUAGUAGUUUAAUCUUCUAGAAGGAAGUGGACAUGAGAGUGGCUCAAAUAAGCUUUAAAAGCACUGGCCUCCAGAUACUAUGACAACAAAGAAAAGAGGAAAUUUUUAGGAAAUUAAUGCUGCAUGUCUUAAGAAAGCUUUGAAAUUUAAUUACUAACUGACUAUUAUGUUAUGAAAGCACAUGAGAAUUAGGUGUUUUUACUAAUAUUUACACCGAAAAUUGAAAAGCGUUGGUAAAAAUUUAUUUGAGGUUAACUACCUUAAUUAUAGAUAUCUAUAAUUAACAGACAUUUAACGCAUAUUCCUCUGUGGUAGUAUUGGUAGAGAAAGUGGGAAUGAUUUAUUGCCUCGACAGCCCGGGUUCAGUUUCCAAAUGUAUUUUCUUUUCUUGUUUGGCAUUUUAAAGAUAGUUUAGAAACAAAAUCUAAUAUUCCAAUGUUCAUAAUAUGUCCGGACUGCAAUUUUUAACCAAAAUCUGGAGGUCAGUGACUUUUAGCUUGCAAGCUAAAAUGUAAAAGGGUUAAAAAUCAAUUUUGGAAUCUCUUGUUUCUUUAUGUUAUGAAUAUUUCUAUACUAUUUUUUUUUAUUUUAAUGUGCUUUCUAAAUACAGCUGUACUGUAAUUUCUUUACUUGAAUCAUUUUAGGGGUUUUCUCAAAGUGAAAUAACUUUUAUUACUUUUUACACUGUUUCUUUGUUUUUAAAUUGUUUCUUGUCAGUUUUAUACAUGUGCAAUAUGAUGAAGAGUUUUAUGAUUUAUUUGUAUAAGAUGUGUUACUGAUCCAUUGAAAGAACUUGCUACAUUUUUUUUUUUAAAUAUGUUGAAAAAAGGUCUUUUUGUACCCCCCGACAAAGUUGUAAGGGGAGGGUAUACUGGUUUCAGGUUGUCUGUCCGCCUGUCCGAAGACGCAAUCUUGUGCGCACCAUCUCUCCUUAUCCCCUUGACAGAAUUUAAUGAAACUUCACACAAGUGAUCAGUACCAACAGUAGUUGUGCAUGGGGCAUGUUAGGUUCUUUUAGAAAAAAAAUUUGCAGAGUUAUGGGACUUUGUUUUUUUGUUACUAUACUAUAUACAUAGACAAAAUCUUGUGCGCACCAUCUCUCCUCAUCCCCAUGACACAAUUUAAUGAAACUUCACACAAGAGAUCAGUACCAACAGUUGUUG